CCAGCGCAUGUCCAUUUUGCAGUCCUGUAUGCGGUCGCUUUCCCCUGUCGGACGCAGCACCUCCUUCGCCCUCCCCUAAGUGGCCGUGGCUUCCAUUCUUGCUUCUCGCCGUCGUCGUUGUUUUGCAAGCAUUUGCAUAUCUAUCUCUUAUCGAGUGUCCUGGGCCUGCCGUACAGAGGAAACUAGCCUUGGUCAAGACUAGGUCGACAUCCUUCGCUAUCACCCCACUCAUCCACUCUUUUUGUUCACCUCUGUCGCUCGUUACAAUCAACCACGCCUGUCUCUUCAUCUCGACCUUAUAAUCUUGAGCCUCGUCGAAUUGCUGGGACAAACGGCACCAGUGCGACAGAAAAGCAGACUGUCUCAAGCUCAGCUGCAUGGACCCAUGGACGGAGCAGUCACAACACCGCGAACCCGCUCGCCGCCGAUUCGGCCAGCGCGACCCGAAGUAGGAGUCGACAAUGUCUCGUACGGACGACCUUCGGCGGAGUACUUUACCUCCGUGACAGCGACGGCACAACAGGCAGCGCCAGUGGCAGACGGAAGACGCAGCACCGACACGACUUCCAAACCCCGCAAACGCAAGUCGGCGCGAUACUCAAUCGGCAACGGAGCUGCAAAUGGAGCUGAAGGAGCCGAAAGGAAAGGUUCGAUACGCAACGCGGUGCGGCGCUUGUUUGGAAGGAAAUCUAGAGGCGACAUCCCCGAGGUGCCCGCUGUGCCACGCAUUGAUGCGCCGCGGCAUGGCUACCACAAGAGCGACCCCGGACACUUCAAGCGACCACAGACGAUCCAGACGCAUCCCUCGGACGCAAUCCACCAGCGAAUCAUUUCUGCGCCUCUCUCGGCGCCCCUCGCGGGCCCGCUAUCAGCCCCCUUCCGCUUGCAACCACCGCCAUCUGGAAACCGAGACCACUCUGCGCGUUCGUCGCCCAACCAUGCUGUUGAGUUUCCCAAGAGUGCUCGUCUGAAGCCGCUCGAUCUAGGCAACCCCUUCUACACCCGUGACCAUGGCCCGAAGCGGAGGGCAACCCUGCCUAGCCUAAUCAUGACGGCCAAUGAAGCAGCCGAUGUGACGGAUACGUUACGGCCAGCCACGAACACACGAGCUGCUGGUGCAAGCUUCGACAAUGGCGAGCGAACGGAGAAAAAGCCCGGUGGACUGGCCGUCACAAACUCGAGGAUGGAUAAGAGGAGGUCGCGCAGUGCGAAUGACUUGAAGCAGGCCAUGGUGACUGCUGAGCCUUUCAGAGAUCGCACCGGCGAGAUUGAGUACUGGCGCCGGAGCUAUGCUAGUGUCCUUCUCAGCCCGACAGGGAAGGCUCCCAUUUACGAAUACCCGCCCGCCGAUUCUGAGUUUGAUGUGGAACAUGUGCCUGAAGUGCCCGACGUACCACAUGUGCCUGAGCACUUUGUCAGAGAGCCGGAGCUCGUUUCAAUACCGACUCCUCUCUCAGCACAUCCACUUCUGCCACGCUCUGAUGCUGUUUCGCUCCCAUCGACUCGUGGUCAAUCCGUCCCCGCCAAAGACCCAUCACCACAGCUGACUGUCCGUUCCUUCAGCCGCCCGUUAACGACACCUGCUAUGGAUACAUCCACCGACCUUGAGUCUCGCGUUGCUAAGCUAGAGUCUCAUCUUAUUGAUUUCCAGCGUUCGCUGUCUAAUCUGGCUCUGUCCAGCCCUUCAGCAAUAGCUCCGACGGAGCCACCGGGUUCAUCGCAUCGCCAACGAACUCCAAGUAUCCUGGUCGAAUCUCUGCAUACUUCCAAUCGAGGUUAUGAAGAUGCCGGAGAUAUCAUGGAACGUGAGUGGGGCCCUAGUAGUCAUGGCAGCACCAACGGUGACCGCUCCAACCUUGCUCCCCCAACCCUGCGUAGCACUGCCGCUACUGCCAAUGGUACUUUCACUGCUCUCUACAACAUGCUCUCGGAAGAACGCUCUGCCCGCCGCACCCUCGAGAGUCAGGUCCGCAACUUGCAGCAUGAGGUCACACGACUGCAACUCUCACGCGGUAGUUGGGGAAGCUAUACAGCUCAAGCACUCCCGCAAGGUCAACGGCCUCGAACUCCGGCAGAAUCAGAUGGUGGUCGCAGUGCCUCGCGUCAGGAAGCAUACAAUGCUCUGUCUUCUCCUGCCACUGUUGUCCCGCCCGCCUCGUACCUACGUGCCUUUGACAGACCUGAUGCCCGCAUCCAAAGUCGUUUCUCCGGCGACUCCGGCGAGGACAGCGAGUACGGGUCACGCCACCGUAGCGCCGGUGUUGAGAGCGGCCCUAGGAGCAUCCCUCGCAGUUCGGUGCGCCAGACGCCGCCAAACUUUGAGCAUGACCGUGCCGCCCCCCCUACUUCUUAUGCCGCAUAUCACACCCCUGCCGAAGAAAGAGGCGCUUAUCGGUUCAGCGAGGACGAAAUGUUUUGAUCUCUUCUGCUGAAAACUCACAUGCUCUACACUGACCCUUCUAAUGUCUUCUCCUUCUAUUCUUGUUUACUCUGUUUCCUGCAUAGCGAAGUUUGGACAUAUGUUUUCUUGGGCGAAUUGUUUGGCCCGCUCUCAUUUACAAAGCGAUUUCUAGCAGCUCAUUUCAUCUAGUGUUCUCGAUCUCGAAGGAGACCCCUGCUUUCUGUUGCAACAUAGACUUUCUUUUUUCGUUUUAUGAAUUCUCCCUUGCAACUGUACGUACACAUAAAUGAUACCCUAUUCAUGACGAUCUCUAGAACUC